AUGACCAGCAUUUCUGACAGAACAACCCAGCCAAUGCCUGUGAUGGAAAUGUCGCAAUUCAUUGAUGGUUCCAUCAAUCGCAACGCGGAUUCAAAUGAUAUCGAUGAAACUGACUCGAUUUGCGAAACCGAAAACGGAACUUUGGCCGUGGAACUUGUAGAAAAGAGAACAGAAUUUACCCUCAGGAUGCUGAAAUUGCUAGGUCUUGCCACAAGUGAGAGAUCAACGAGGAUCGGCCGCUUGUAUCUUGUGUUCGCAGCUGCAGUUGUCUGGUUACCUCCGAUGUCGUUGUCAAUUUGUGUAGCAAAAAACCCGACCAUGUCCUCGCCGACAGGCCUACCGACAGUCCUACUUUUCUCGGGACUUGCUCUAUCCCAUAAUGUCGGAGCCCUCUACGGAUACAGACAUCGUGGGCGACUUCUCAGGAACAUUUACUUGGCUUUUGAACGAGCUAACUUAGGCCGAUCAUGUGUUAUCGUGACAAGCAUAUUUGGAAUUCUGACGUUACCAUAUCUUGUUUUGCUGAUUUACCUGUAUGUCACGCAAUCCAGUAGACCAGUUCCAUGGCUUCACAUCGGUAUUGUUUACUUCCUUGGGUAUAUUUACUGCGGAAUGGUAAGCGUGGCAACGAAUUUGACUUUCAGUGCCGCGUGCUCGACUAUAAACCUUAGAAUACUCAAUUUCAAGAGAUUAUUUAGAGGAUGGUCAAAGGGCCUGACCGAGGCUCUGAAUGAAUAUCAGGGACUAUGCGAUUUUAUACACCGUGAGGUCGAGGAUAUCAAGUGGUGGCUUCUUGUCAAUUUUAUCAGUUUUAUUGUUAUAUGGCUGGUUAAUCUCCAUUUGUGGCAGAUUCUGGCCUCUGGAGAGGGUGAUGUGGUCAGACUUGUGUUUUACAACUGCUCGUGGUCGGAGCCGUUAUCAGCGCCCAAGCUCCACAUCCCCGAUCGUCUGAUCACUGCCUGUGAAAUGUUCUUUUCAAGCCUCGUGUUCUUCUUUUUCAUCUCUCCUAUGUUCUGGGCUGUCAUGGUAACGGUCAACUGCAACCGAUUCCGCCAAUGGAUCAACCGAACUCGCGUUCACACAGAUGAGAGACCCUUGGGUCUCUUUAGUGUGACGUCGUUGGAUUUCUUUAUCAACCGUGUUCAGAUGGAUAGUUACUUCGCCUUCACACUGUUCGGUGUAAGUGUGACCAAGGUCUUGAUUUCUACGGGUUUGAUGACAACAGUCCAGUUUGUACUGGGAAUCGCUUCUAAAAAGCUACUUCCAGCGUAG